AAAGAUGAGACCAAGAAUGCGCAACAGACGGGCUUCCCGAAGGGCAACUGGGUGCAGGGCAUCGUUGAGACGGCAUCGUUGAGACGUCAAAAGAAAGUGGCCACGAGAUCGCCAACAACGGCAAAACCGCUCAAAGGCAAUGAGACACCGCAAGCGCAGAAUGGAAAUGCAGCAGGAAAAGAGAUUGAAAAGCACCCUACUGAGGAAGGACAGGCUGAGAAAGAAAUCGAAGUACCGGCAGAAGCAGAGCAUGCUAACGAGGAGUACGAGAAGUGCAGGACGCCAUCGCCCCUACCUCGCGAGCUAUUCUUUAAAUUGUUCGAACCACCAAAUCGCCAAAAGAAUUUUGGCUGCGCUCCGGUGAAGGAGGCUCGACGAAGUUUGGCAGAAAGAAAUGUGAAACUGCCCGAAAUUCGAUCUGCACGACGCACAGUGUGA